CGCCCGGCGCGGCCCCUCCGGCGGAGCGGAGCCGGCGCCCGCCGCCGCGAUGGACGACAGCGUGGUGCUCGUCAGCGAUUCCGACUCGGAGGGCGCCCGCUCGCCGCCGCCCCAGCCCCGCCGCUCCCAGCACUCGCUGCCCAGCCCCGCUGAGAUCAUUGACCUGACCUGUGAGGAUGCAAACUCAGACCCAACGGCGUCGAGCAGCCUCGCCAUCAUCGACCUGACUGAGGACAUGUGCAGCCUUCUCCAUUCCACCCCUGGUGCUCCUCAGAACUCCAGAAAUGCUGCCCCAGCAGCACACACAUCCCACGCCCAACUCUGCCCCACUGCAGAAACACAGGCAGCGCCAGAGCCAAGCCGUGCACCAGCAUCACACAGCACUUCAGAGAAGCUCAGCUCCACCAUGGUCACAGCAGAAACCAUGGAGAACUGCAGCGGCCUUUUUCCUGUCUCUAGGCACCACAGCCGGAGCCUAGAGCAGGAUGACAGCACUACUGCCUUUAACAGCAGCUUGGACUCAGAGUCAGACUCAGACUGCCAGUCCCCAUCUCCCCCAAGCCUGGACAGCAACAGCAGCAUGGGAGCUGAUGGCCCAGAGAACGAUCCUCCCCAGCCCUGCCUGAGGGAAAGGAACCUCCCCCCAAGGCUGAGUCCUGCCCCAACCAUUCCUGUAACAACAGGAAAGCCCCAAAGGUCUUUGCCAGAAGCAAGUGACUUCCCAGCACACCAGCCAAUCCAGCAAGCUGCCCCAGCCAGGACUGAUGCUGACAGCAAGGCCUUGCUGGAUAAACUGCACAACUUCCGCAGGAGUGGAGUCCAGCACCUCUUCCUCCAAGGCAUCACACCCAACAGGGAAACACAGAAGAAACCUGGGCUCAUCCCCAGGGGGAAGCUUAGCAUGGUGCACACCACCAUGGAGGAGAACAUCCUGGAGGACACCUUGUGUUUCCUGAACGAGUUUGUCUCCUGCCAGCACCGUCCCCCCAAAGAAAUCAUCUGCCACCUGAUCAAAGAGAUGCUGUUGGACACCCAUGAAGGGGAGGUCCUCAAUGACAUCUACGCACUGCUGAUGAAGAUCCAAAUGCUCCAUCCAGCCAACAUCACCACGGUGGGAUGGGACUGGACACUGAUGAAAUUCAUCAUGGAGCAGCAGGAGAAGCCCCCUGGCUGGCUCCUCUUCCUGCAGUACGUGGUACAGACCCUGGAGGAUGACUUCCAGCACAAUCUGAAGUCAUACCAGCUGCAGAAGUCAAUUGCCAAGAAAGUGCUUUCAUGUGACUUGUGCUUCAACAAUGUCAAGGAAGUGGUCAAUUGGUUGGUGGCAGCAGUUACAGGAAUUGGGUUCUCCCAGCCCCAGGAACAGCUGCAAGAAGCCAGGACUGGACACAGAUCAUCUUCACCAAGGCUGGCCAGCACUCAGACAGAACAGGCCCAGACAGCUUUCUUUGCCCAAAAGACAAUGCUCCUGCUCCAGAGGAUGUUGGCCGUGGCAGUGGAGGUGGACAGAUCUCCCACCUGCACCUCCCGCAAGAUUGCAGACGACAUCUUCCCCUUCAUGCUGAAUAUCCCCCUGAGGAGCCAAAGGGAAGCUUUAUUGAACACCAUGGAGAGCCAGCUCCUGCGCUGCAGACUGCUGGAGCUGCUACUCCAGCAUAGUUGUGAUGUGCCCACAACCGCAUCCAUGUCUCUGGACAAGGUUCUGUAUUUCCUGAGCCACUCCUCUGUGCUGCCACAGUUCCAGGAUGAAACAGCAACGUGGCAAAGGUGGGAUGAGAUGCUGCAGUACUUGUGUUUGCUGCUGCUGAGUUACCACAGUGUAAAACUGGAGCACCUGCGGACCUCUAUCAGCGACCGGAUGAAACUGAUUGCUCAGAGAGCCAAGGCCAGGCUCCAGGACAGUGAUGACAUCAGCCAGCUGGACAUUCAGCUGAAGAUGAAUGACUUCAUCAGCAGAAUGCAGAAGACCCUGGGGGGGCCUUUUCCCCCCCAAAUUCAGGAGAAAUUGUUCAUGCUGCAGGAGUUGUUCUUCAUUGUCGCUGCUGCCUGAUGGAGACAACCACUGCAGCAAGGGGGACAAAACUUCAUGUUCUCCAUAUAAACCCCCACAUCUCAUACUGCAACCUCAGCAUCAUGAGGUUGGUUUAUACAGUUCUUUUGAAAGAUUUUUGGUUUAUACUGUCUCCAAAUUUCCAUACAAGUUUGCCUUGUUGUGCAGUUUUGUAAAGCACUUUGUACACUUUAAAAAGGGGAGUUUUUUUCAUGUUUGCUAAGACACUUUUGUCUUGAUGCCAGCACUGCCCAAAGGAAGUAUUUGCCCCAAUCAAUCCAGCAGAAACUGUUCAAGCUGCAGUUGUUCUUCACAGUCACUGCUGCCUGAUGGAGACAACCACUGCAGCAAGGGGGCAAAACUUCAUGUUCUCAAUAUAAACUCUCCCAUCUCAUACUGCAGUCUCUGUAAAUUUUAAAAAAAUAAAUUCUUUUCAUGUUUGCUACGA